UAUAUAUAUCUAAACAUGGAGAAAAGAAAAGCCAGUAAUACUAAUAAUGCUACUGCAGUCUCCAUUGCCUCCACUUCCGAAGAAAGCUUUCCUCGUGGUGGUGCUAGUGCCUUAACUCCUCUUGAACACCGAGAGAUCUCCAACAAAGUUGCCCGAGAUCUUUUCAAUACUGAAAACAAGAAGGUAGCUGACGAAGAACCUCCUAAAAAGAAGAGAAAGCCUUCCAAGACAGCAAAAAAGACAGAAGUCAAGGAACAAAAGAAAACAAAGUCAGAUAAAGCUUAUAUUGAACAACUUACUUUCAAGAAAUUGACUGUUGGCACUUCAUUUUUGGGCUGUAUUUCUCGCAUCAACGAACUUGACUUACUUGUUUCUUUACCUCAUCAAUUAGUGGGUGUUGUUGCUAUUAAUGAAAUCUCUGAUCCUUUAACUGCUUUGGCUGAAAAAGUAGCCAACCAAGACGAUGAUGAAGAUGAAGAAAUGGAAGAAUCUGGCUUGCCUCAAUUGAAUCAAUUAUUCCAUGUUGGUCAGUGGGUCCGUUGUAGAAUUAUCAAUCUUCAAUCUGAUGACAAGAAAACCAUUGAAUUAAGUUUGAAGCCCAGUGUCGUCAAUGAAGAUAUUGUCAAGGAUGAUAUUACACCAGGUGUCACUUUAGGUGCUACUGUUAAGAGUGUAGAAGAUCAUGGUUAUAUUUUAGAUUUGGGUGUAAAGGACUUGGCUGGUUUCUUGCCCUUGAAAGAAUCAAAAAGCUACAUUCAAAAAUUCAACCGUGAGGAAGAAUUGGCUGUUGGUCAAUAUGUCGAAUGUGCAGUUCAAAAAGUAGCUGGCCGUACUGUUAACGUCACUAUUGAUCGCACCAAAGUUGGUUGUGCUUUUGUUGAAGAUCCUUUCUCUCGCAUUACCUCUGUCCUUCCCGGUCAAUUAGUAACUGGUUUAUCUGAUGUUGUUCAAAACAAUGGUUUGAGUGUUAAAUUGCAAGGUCUUUACCCUACAACCAUUGAUCAAUCACACAUUCCUACUUCUAUCGACAUCGAAAAGAAUUACAAGCUGGGUCAAAGUUUGACAUUCCGUACCUUGUUUACCAUGUUGAACACUGAAGAUAAAAAGAUUGCUGGUUCUCUCCUCACUCACGUUUUGGAACUUGAUGUGCCUACAGUUGCUAACAACACCAAAUCUGACAAGUUUGUCGCUGAUUUAUUUCCCACCGGUUCCUUUUUGGAAAAUGUUAAAGUUACUCGUACAAAUAGCUCAGGUGUUUGGAUGACUUUAGAUGGUGUCGAGGGAAUCAGUGGUUAUGUCCAUGUUUCUCGUCUUGCUGAUGAACAUAUUAACUCUGUCUCCGGUACAUCAGGCAAAUUCAAGAUCGGUACUACACACCGUGCUCGUAUCUUGGGUUAUAACCCUGUUGAUGCUUUAUUGGUCUUGACAUUACAACCUAGUGUAUUGGCUGAAAAGUUCUUGCGUGUGGCUGAUAUCGAAGUAGGCUCCACAAUUGAAUGUGAAGUUGAAAAAUUAGUCCCUGCUGGUGUUAUUGUCAAAGUUUCCAAGUCUAUCACUGGUCUUGUGCCUACAAACCAUAUGGCCGAUGUCAAAUUGACUCGUCCUGAAUACAAGUUUAAGACAGGCAAGAAGAUUCAAUGCCGUGUACUUAGUACAGAACCCGACAGACAAAAGGUCUUUUUGACAUUAAAGAAAUCACUUAUCAAUAGCGAAUAUCCCAUUUUCAAAGACAUCCAUGAGAUCAAGGUUGGCGAUGUAAGUCAUGGUGUUAUUAUAUCUAUCAAAAACAAUGGUUGUGUUGUGGGUUACUACAAUAACUUGCGUGCUUUUGUUCCUGCUAAAGAGAUGACAGAAACUCGUGUCGAUGAUCUUAGCCAAGUAUUCAACAUUGGUCAAACUGUCAAAACAACCGUUCUCAGCGUUGAUCCUGAAGAAAAUAGAAUGUUGUCCUCUUUCAUUAACACUAAAAAGAAGGCAGAAAAGAAGGCAGAAAGCAAAGCUAAACUUGACGCCAAACAUGAAGCAAAGAACGAUGCACUUGCUCCUGGAAGACUUGUCACUGCCACCAUCAAAUCUGUCAAGAAGAGUCAUCUUACUCUUACUUUGCCUAACAACACUGAAGGUCGUCUCCAUAUUUCAGAGGUAUUCAAUUCUUUUGAUGAAAUCAAGAACUUGAAGGCUCCUUUAAGCGAAUUCCGUUCUAAGCAAGAGAUUGAAGUCAGAAUUUUGGGUGUGCGCAACACUAAACUCAACACUUACUUGCCUAUAACUCGUGCUUCUAAGGUGAAGCAACAUCUUGAAUGCUCUUUAAGAUUACAUGGUAGUGAAGACGACAGUGCUCGUGAGAUGCGUAAUAUCAAGGCUGGUGAUGAAUUCAUUGGUUUCAUUUCUGACAUUCAUACCAAUUACAUUACUGUCAGCAUUGGCUCACAUACUUCUGGCACUUUGCAAAAGAAUUUGGCUUCUACUGAUAUCAACGUCUGUAACAACUUGACCAAGCAUUUUAUCAACGGUCAAGCUAUUCGUGUUGCUGCCUUAGUUGUAGAUUCGAACAAGAGCUCUAUUGAUUUUAUGCAUUUGGAAGAUCCUAAUAUGCCUCGUAUCACUGAUGUUUCAGCUUUGGAAGAAGGACAAAUCAUGAAUGCUACUGUUCAGAGAAUCAAUAAGGUCAAUGGUCUUGUACUUACUUUGACAAGUAAAAUCGCCGGUAAAGCUUAUUUGACUGAAUUGGCUGAUACCUACACUGAAGAGCCUACUUCAGCUUUCCAAGAAGGACAAGUGGUUCGUGUGGCCGUCGUUCAUGUCAAUGCAGACAAGCACCAGGUUGAUCUUUCUUUGAGACCCUCUCGUAUUUAUCCCGGCAUUGAGUCUAACGAAAUCAAGACUUUCGCCGAUAUCAAGCGUGGUCAUGUUUAUGAAGGCUAUGUCAGCAAUAUUGCUCCUCAAGGUGUCUUUGUCAAAUUGAACCACUCUAUUGUUGCUCGUGUCAAGAUUGCCAACUUGUCAGAUACUUUUGUUAAGGAAUGGAAGGAUGUUUACAAGCUCGGUCAACUUGUCAAGGCUAAGAUCAUAUAUAUCGAUUAUGACAUGCAACGUCUUGAAGCUUCUCUUAAGAAGAGUGUUGUUGAAGGUGCUGUUGCUGCUGAAAAGAAGAGUGAGCAACAAGCUGAAGAAUCUGAUAGCGAUGAAGAGAUGCCUGAAGUCGAUGAAGAUUCUGACGAAGAAAUGCAAGAGCAAGAAGAGGAUGAUAAGGAAGAAUCAGACGAAGAAGAAGAGAAGGAAGAAUCAGAUAAAGAGGAAUCAGAUGAAGAAGAAGAAGAGACAUCCACUGCUGCCUUAAACAUUGAUAACUUUGAUUGGACAGGCAUCAACAACCGUGCUGAUUCUAGUGAUGAAGAAGACGACGACGACGACGACGACUCUGAUGAUGAUGGCGAUAAAAAGAAUAAAAAGAAGAAGGAAGUUCCUGACUGGACUGCCGAGCUCAAUUCCCAAACACCUCAAACAGCUAAUGACUAUGAACGUCUCUUGGUUGGCUCACCCAACUCUUCUUACUUGUGGAUUAAUUAUAUGGCAUACCAUCUUCGAUUGUCUGAAGUUAGCAAGGCUCGUGAUAUUGGUGCCCGUGCUUUGAAGACCAUCAACUUCCGUGAAGAACAAGAAAAAAUGAACGUCUGGGUUGCUCUCCUCAACUUGGAAAACAAUUUUGGUACAGAUGAAUCAUUGCAAGAAGUAGUCAAGCGUGCAUUGAUUUACUGUGAUCCCCUCAAAGUAUACGUCCAACUCGCCAAGAUUUAUGAACGUAGUGAAAAAGAUGAUAAGGCUGUAGCUCUUUAUGAAGAAAUGACAAAGAAGUUUGGUCAGUCACCUAAAGUUUGGUUAGAUUUUGCUCUUUACUGUCUCAAGCAUAACAAGGCUGAACAAUCUCGUGAAUUGCUUCAAAAGAGUUUAAAGGCUUUGCCUAAGCAUGAACAUGUCCUCACUAUUGUCAAGUUUGCUCGAUUAGAGUUCAACCAUGGUGAAGCUGAACGUGGCCGUACUAUUUUAGAAGGAGUUAUGAGCAACAACCCCAAACGUUUAGAUUUAUGGAAUGUCUAUUUGGAUUUGGAAACCAAGACUGGAGACGUUGAGAUGACAAGGUAAUGCUUUUUGACAUUGUUCAUUCAAACUUAUUUUUCUAUAGACGUCUUUUUGAAAGAGUAUCUUCAAUCAAGUUUUCCUCAAAGAAGAUGAAAUUCUUAUUCAAGAAAUGGAUUUCAUUUGAAAAGACACACGGUUCUGAAGAUGGUGUAGAGAGAGUGAAAGAAAAGGCACUUGCUUACGUUGAAAGCCUGUCAUAAAAAAAUAACAUCAAUUGUAUAUAAUUAGAGUAAUAAUAAGCAUACUUUUUUUUCAAUAAAGAUUCAAUUCAACAAUGC